GCGUUCGACUCGUCCCGACGUCCGAUGGAGCGCGAUGGAGCCGUCGUCGUCUCUGAGCUGCCGCUGGUAGAAGCAACCACCCGUCGCGUCUGAAACGAGCCAUCCUGAUAUUUCCGGCGACCCCAACCGUCGCAGAUCCGCGAAUCGCUGUCGAUCGGAUCGACAAGUAAAUCGCGAUUAUCAGUGUGCUUUACCGCAACGCGUCGCAACGUUUCUCUCACGAGAAGAGCCGUCAUCUGCUCUCGUUCCGACUACGAUCGAUAGCAGAAACGAGAGAAAGAGAUUUCUCCGGAACGAGAAGCGCCACUCGUCGGAGAGCGUUCUGAAGUGAAUUCUAAACGAGGUGCGACGAUAUUCGAUGCGCGAUUUAUGCGGACACCAUGCUCGGCGGACGUGGACAAUCCCUGAGCUAGUGAAUGUUCCAUGAGAUUGAGCUCGAGACGCAACGAGAGAUGCCGGGCGAAAAUCGCGACCAGCUGGCGAGAGGAGGAGCCGGCGGUGGAGGUGGUGGUGGUGGAGGCUGCGACGUCCCAGGAGGACGCAGGGAAUUCUCGAGGAGCGGCGAACCGGAUCCUCGUAACCGAGGACCAACUGCUACGAUGAUCCCGCUUCCGCGCACCGGCCAGUUCGCGUCCGCCUCGCAGAAUCAGAAGAUCGCCAAGACGGAGAAGAAUCGGCUGAGGCUGAUCAUGGAAAACCGCGGCACCGCCGCCAGCACCGCCGACGUCCUCGACAAGGAACGCAGGAUCGGCAUGCGGGAUGAUACGUCGCGGGAUAACAAUCAGCGAAUCGCGACUGCCGAUCGCUCGGCCAUUCCGCGAUUCCGCGAGGAACUCGCUGUCUCGCAGCGCGACGAUAAGGACAACGCGGAAAUCCGCCGAGACAGAUCGCGCGGGUCGGAGAGCCGUGUGCCGUGCGGCUCGACAGCGGCGGCGGCGGCGACAGGCGUCGGGGUGGAAGGCGUCGGCAGCGCGUGGGGCGACCAGAGACGGCAGCCGCGCGCGGCCGAGUCGGCGUCGCCGCCACCCCUGACAUCGCGCAGGCUGGAGUCGGCCGCUGACGCCGCAGCAGCAGCAGCAGCAACAGCAACGUUGUACAACCCCAUCGCUUCGCAAAGAUGCGCCGCUGCGAAGGGCGCCGCUGCCGAUGCUGCCGCGCCGAGACCGUCGCGGAUUUUUCCGGGUCCUGCUCUCGUCGCUGAGACCAGGAAGGAGGAUGCUAUGGAGCCGGAAGCCAAGGAGGAGGACGAGCGACGCUCGUCGACGCCGAGUCCUGAGUUCUACUUGAGGAGGGGUAAACGUUAUAACGAGGAUGGCAGUAGCGAGGAGGAAUCUAAGCAGGACAGCAUCUCCCUGUCCGGUCACAGGCUACCGUCUUCGUAUCGCGGAACGUGGCCCAUCAGGAGAGACGUAUGGGCUAAUCAGCAGAUUGGCUUUCCGGCCCAGCAGAGCACAUCGCUCGCCGCACACAAUGAUGUGGCCAGCGUGAUGAGCUUCUCGUCGAACUCCGCGGGUCUCGAGGGUAGCUCCGUGGAGUUGCAAGGUCAUCGUCGGCUAGGCGCCAAGGUGGACGUCGUGUACAAUCUGUUGGGCAUGCUGGAGAAAAACGGCCGGGAGGACAUGAGCACCACUCUGUUGUCGAUGAGCGCCUCUCUAGACAGCUGCCUAGUGAUGAGGCAGUCCGGCUGUCUGCCACUGCUGGUGCAGCUGAUCCACGCACCCGGCCAGAACCCCGAUACCCGGCACAGGGCCAUGCAGGCGUUGCACAACGUGGUGCACGCCAAGAGCGACGAGAGAGCCGGUCGUCGGGAAGCACGGGUGCUCCGAUUCCUUGAGCAGUUACGGGACUAUUGCCAGUCUCUAAGAAUGUCCCUGGUGGCAGGCCAGGUCGCGGACGAUCUCGAGAGAGGUCAUCCCGCGGCGACGAUAGCCGCCCUCAUGAAGCUGUCCUUCGAUGAGGCGCACCGCCAUGCCAUGUGCCAGCUGGGCGGCCUUCACGCAGUUGCGGAGCUUAUCGAGAUGGACCACCUGGCUCAUGGCAGCGAGAGCGACGAUCAGAACUGUAUCACGCUGCGUAGAUAUGCAGGCAUGGCGUUAACCAACCUGACUUUCGGCGACGGCAAUAACAAGGCUUUACUCUGCUCGUUCAGGGAGUUCAUGAAGGCCCUAGUGUCGCAGCUGCAGAGUCCGAGCGAUGACCUCCGACAGGUGACAGCGAGCGUCCUGAGAAACCUGUCCUGGCGCGCUGACAGCAGUAGCAAGCAGACCCUAAGAGAAGUCGGCGCAGUCACCGGUCUGAUGAGGGCAGCCAUGGAGGGCCGCAAGGAGUCCACUCUUAAAUCAAUAUUGUCCGCACUGUGGAACUUGUCGGCUCACUGUAGCACGAACAAAGUGGACAUCUGCGCGGUGGACGGCGCGCUGGCCUUUCUCGUGGACAUGCUGAGUUACAAAGCACCAUCCAAGACUCUCGCGAUCGUCGAAAACGCCGGCGGAAUAUUGCGGAACGUGUCGAGCCAUGUAGCAGUGCGCGAAGACUAUCGCACCAUCGUAAGGGAACGGGGUUGUCUACAAGUUCUCCUGCAGCAACUACGAUCACCCAGUCUCACAGUAGUCAGCAACGCCUGCGGAGCCCUUUGGAAUCUAUCAGCACGUUGUCCACAGGAUCAACGCCUCCUCUGGGACCUGGGUGCCGUGCCAAUGCUGCGCAGCCUUGUCCACUCGAAACACAAGAUGAUCUCGAUGGGUUCGAGCGCGGCCCUGAAGAAUCUAUUGAGCGCCAGACCUGGUUGCAACAAUCUUGUCCACUUGGACUCAACCGCGCGCGGUCUCGGACUGUCAACCUUGCCAAGCCUGGUUGCCCGCAGACAGCGAGCGCUUGAGCAGGAGAUCGAUCAGAACCUGGCCGAGACGUGCGACAAUAUCGAGCCGAGCACAUCGCCAACUAAUAGUAAAGACGAUCACCGGUUCACGUUCAAGCUCGAUCACAGUUUUCUCGGUGUUGCGGCGCAUAGUCUGCGCGCUUAUCAGUCGCACAAUCAGCAACAGCCCAGCACAUCCACUGCCGGUACGAGUAAGUGCACUGGAGUUGCCAGAAGCGAGAGCCGAGACUCCAUGCGCUCCGUUACUAGCACGCACUCGGACACUAUGUUCGAAAGGGUGAACCGUCAUGUUCUGAAUGGGAUGUCGCCUACGGAUGCACAGAUCAAGCAGCAGUCGUCAUCACUGCAUUCCGCGGUCGGCUUUGACAGCGGUAUGUGCGGUGAUGGUCACGCUAAGGCCACCUCGUCCGAGAGAAAGUACACAUUACGCUAUAAGAACGCGAUACCCGAACGACUCAGGCCGUCCGAUGGUUUCGACGAACUGCGGUGCACAAAUUCCACGAUAUCGUGGGCUGCGGUACCCAAUCAGGAACCCUCACAAACUUCACUGCACUCCUCCAUCGAGAACAACGUGUCCCUGAUCGAGCAGAGCGUAUCAUCCUCAUCCAAAACUGGUAGCCAGUCCAGUGUCUCUGAAGAUGCUGAAGCGACCGUUUGUGCGAAGACGGAUUAUCGGCGUACGACUUUGAAAGGAACUGUUAAUGGCACGAAGUCCUAUCUACCCGAUGUAUCUCCCAUGAAAGAAAACGCCGGCUUCAGCACCGUGUUCGGUAACGCGGAGAAGGCCCUGUUGUGUCAACAUGACGCACUGAACAGCAUUCAGAAGGCGAUUUCGCCCACGAUUAGCCGUGAUCCAGAUGGUACAGUCCUGUUUAGUGAUUAUGCCGAGACGGAUCUGGACCAACCGACCGACUACAGUUUGCGUUAUGGCGAGCAGACUAUAGACGACGAGAAACAACAUUCAUCCGGUUUCUUCUCGGCUAAUGACCAAGGACUCUUACACGAGGAUACGGUCCGGACUUAUUACACGGAGGGUACGCCGCGCGGAGCCUCCUUGAACUCAUCCAGAGCAACCUCCGCUUCCGAUCUGCAGGAGGACAGUCGCGUGAAGAAUACGUCGAGAAAGUUGUCAGAACGGUACAAGGCGAGACACGCGGAAGAUCAUGGUGAAUGUGAGGCGUCAUCCUUAACGGCCGUGCCGAAGCAGGCCGACUUUGCUGAAUCGGAGACGGAGCUAAAUUUGCAGGGCGCAACGCAUCUUACAGACGAUGAGGGCACGAAUCACUCAUUACCAUACCUCGAGGAGGAUCUAGACAAACAGCUUAAGGGCACUCGGGAAGAUAGAAACGUCCAAAACUACUCCAGCGUGAGGACGACGCCAAUUGCAAUGGUAUUAGGAAAUCCGGAAUACAAUGACGAUCAUGAUGGCGAAUCCAGUUCUAGAAUUAUUAAUCUAGAUUCCAAAUCAAGUAACUGCAAAGUUAAUAAAGAUUUACCGUCAAGUGACGUCGAGUUUUCAUCUGAUACAGUUUUAAAAACUUCCAAUAACGAUUCAGGAUAUCAAGUGAGUGAUGGAGAUGAAGAUGAUGAGGAUUUAUUAGCCGCUUGUAUUAAUAUUGGAAUGCAAAAUAAUAGGCACAGGCAUUCCUUCAUAGGAAAUAAUCUUGAGAAUCUUCCUCGAUCAGAUAGUAACUUGACGCGAUAUCAAACCAGUCUCGCUUUGGAUCAAGUGGAGUAUAAUGGAACUGAAUCCGAUAAUUCAUCGUUUAAUAUAAAAUAUGUAGAAUCUCGUGAAACUACAGAUGACAGUAUUUUAUCAGAGAACAGAAAAGACCAGAAAGACAAUAUCGAGAAACUGUCCGUAAAGAACAUUCAGCAGGGAACAGCGGUGACAACAAAUAUGAAUGACGAAUACGCGCGUAAUGCUAGAGAAAUAAAUAAAGCUCCUAUCGGAACAGCAAUAAACGACGGUCCUCUUAAUAAAAAUGCCUCUGAUAACGUUAUCAUGAACGAACACGGCACAAAUAAAAAAGAAUCACGAGACACAGAGGAAGCAACUGAUUAUCUGAUCGCAGAUGGAGCGUCCAUGAAGCAAUCAUUCACGAAAGAUUCCGAGAGCAGCGAAUCGAUCGACUCCGUCGAGCAAUCCGAACAUGCUCUUCUGGAACUGUGUAUCCAACCUGGCAUCAAGUCCGAGGGCAACGUCGACAUCGAGAAAAGCAACGCGGAUUACCUAAAGUCGCAGUUGGAGUCAUACAACAAGCAGAUAGAUUUAAUUAAAGAAAGAAAUGUUUCUGACGAAGCUUGUGAGGUUGACGGCAACAUAGGCGGAAAACCAGAGCUGACUUAUGAAAUCGUGAGGACAUCGGACGUCCUGCAUCGUGACAGUGCAGAGAAGCACACAAAGGAAGAGACGUACAGACGGCAACGUGAUCCCGACGCCAUGAUCGCCUCGUUGGACCGACUGACGGCGACAUUGGUCCAGCAGACGGAGGCCAUACGCGAACGGGACUCCGGUGCGAUGAAGCAGAGUCAAACGUGCGACACGUGGAACGAAGACUCGCCUAAUGACGUUUCUUUUCCGAGCAUCAGUAUAAGCGCGCCGCUGGUCGCGUCGUUCAACAGCGACGCGCAAGAAGAUCACCGCAACGUGUCGGAGGAGCACGCGCAGGUCGCCGAGAGCAACGAACAGGCUGCCAGCAUGACAGAAUCGAAGAUCAUCCAGCGCGAAGCCAUCAAGCUGGCGGAGGCGGUGGACGCCGAGGCGGGCAACCAGAAUGAGCUCGAAACCACGAGCCUGACGUCCCUCGAUCUUGAGGCGAUCAAGCCACCGUCCUCGAUGGGCAGUCUGCUCUCGUUGACGGCGAGCUACGCUGGCUCAGCCGACACUACCGAAAUCUUCAUCAACACGGUUCGUGACAGGUGCUACUCAACAUCACUACCACCAGUGCCUGUCAAAAGUAACACCGCUGACGCGCGCAACGUACGCAAGAAAUCGCUGCCGCUCGGUGUGGUGGCCAAACGUGCGCUGGGUCAAGGUCAAAGUCACACGACCAGUUUGGAGAACCUGCUGAACGAGUGUACGACUUCACACUUGGAGAACGUCAAGCCGCCGUCAAUGAUGGAUGAAUUACCGGAUGUGGGCGAUAUGGAGAACAGUAUGCUGAGCGUAGCCAGCAUCACGUCGGAGAUCGCGGACUCGAAAGAGCAGGACUCGCACAGUCUGACCGGCAGUGACCCGGCAGUAUACGAGAUGCUGAAGCCGGUCGCCAACGUGCUGUCUAUGACGUGCAUGCGCUACGAGGGUAUGCAGAACAGCGCGAGCAACAGCCUGAGCGAAUGUCUAGAGAACAUCAAUCCGCCGUCCUUGUUCAACGAGGUGAGCGAGAUGGAUGAGUCCACAAUGGAAGCGAACGAGACCUUGUGCAGUGACACUCUCUGUACAGACAUGGAGCUGCAUACGGAUGAAGCGAUACACUCAAUCGUGGCGGAUGUGAUUGAUGAGAUGGAGAACGACACGGACGAGGCAGCCACACCAAUCUCGUCCGAGUACUGCGUUAGCAGCUCGGCGGAAUCGACGCCAAAGAGACGGCCACAUCCGCGGGGUCACUUAACUCCGAAGCAAAAGCGUAAUCUAACAAAGGAACGUUACAGAACGUACACGAUCGCUGCGGAAAUCGUGAAGAAAGAAGAAGAGGAGCGCCGCAGGCAAGACGCGAGUGGCGCGAAUGGCGAGGGCGACGGAAUCCCGCGCAAAUCUCCAUUCUCGAGACUGACGCCGAAGCAACGCAGGCAAGAGAACAGAGCGAGAUUCCAGACGCAGGUGUUGGGGAAUCCCUUUCCGGACUUGAGCGCUGUCCAAGGCAAAGAGGGUACGGAACAGGCCAGCGUCGAUGAUUCCGUCGGAAAACAGGAGUCCGCAUCUCCCAUCAAGUCUUCGAUUCCCACGCUCACAAAACUUCCCGUGUGCAGAGUGCUGAGACGGAAACGCGCGGAUCCCCAGGAAAAGGAACGGUAUCGCACGAGGACGCUGAAUGACUCGGAAACCGUGUUCAAAGAGAACGAGCAUAAUCUGGAUACAAAUAGCGCCGCGAUGGAAGAGGGAUACGCGCGGAAAGAGAUUCAAAACAUGCUAGAGCAGAAUGCCACCAUCGUGCUGAACACGCUAAACGAAUCGAGCAAGCUUAAUACCUCCCUCGCGGAUGAUGUUACCGUCACUUUAGUGUCGAAUGACCGUGAAGCGGAUUUAAGGAUGCGCUUUAUGAACGGUCUCUCGAAGAAGCUGAUGAGCGCUCAACGCGCCGAAAACGCACAAACUUCCUCAACAAACAUAGACAAUGAGGAAACGCAAAUUGAACGUGGCGAACUUGACUACGAAGAUCCGGCUUGCGCGGAUCCGAUUGACUCGGGCAGCGACGACGAAUCCAACUGCGACGAGGAACAAGAACCUAGGGAAACGAAGAGACCGCGGAUAAUUAAACCGGGAAUGCCCGGGCGAGAUCCGAGCGCGGAUUCCAACGCGACAGACAGAUCCGAACCAGAGAGCCCCAAAGCCAUCCGGGGUCGCAGAAAAGCGCUCUACUCAAAUCCUAUCACACGAAAGCCGACCCCGCAAUCAUCACCAUUAAAGCAAGCAAACCCCAUUAGCGGGAUACCCAUAGGUCGCAGUAAUACGUCGCCAAUCGUUCGAGCUACCAGGGCCACCACGUUGAGGCAGAAUACGAAUAGCAGUGCGACGGUCGCUACGAAGGAUUCUCCGAAAUCGAACACGAGCCCGAAGAGAACUCCUCCUUCCAUGGACGCAGAGAAAAAGGCGCGGAAUCUAGCGGCUAUAUCCAAGAGAGCGUCCGUUCCGCAAAAGGGAUCCUCGUUGACUUUCACAAAGUCCACUAAGCGCCAUAGUACACCUCCAGCCUGCUCGUCGAAUUAUCAAAGUGAUGGCAAGCCGGAAUUCCCGAUCAAGCCGCUCGAACGUCAAGGAACCUUCACGAAGGACGAGCCAGAAGUAGAGAACGCGCCAACGGUGCAUUCCGCGUCUGCCUCGCCGGUGAAGACAAAGAUCGCCAAGCCGAUCAGGGGUGCAACGUCAAAAAUAUAUCCAGCAGCGACAAAGUCCAAAAUCUCCGUGAAGGCGCACCAGGAGAAAACGUGUCCGCCGAAGGCCAACAGCUCCGAGAAGACGCAGCCACCCAAGGGACUGUUAAUGGCACCGAAGAAAAUACCGUCCGGGAAAAUAGCUAUGCCAAGUCCAGCAAAAGUACUCAGUGGCAACGCGACGGCCCAGAGCGACAAGGCCCUUCGAAAGAUCAGUCCUCUCGGGCAACGAUCCAACAGCAACUGCAGUAUCGUCUCCAACUCAUCGUGCACGGGUGCGCCGAGUCGCAACAAGCUGACGAAGGGGGCAACAAGCAAGAUCGCAAGCCUCUGGAAAAAGGUGGAGGAGAGCAAGAACAAGCAACGCUUCGAGAAGCAGUCGGACACCAGACAGUGGAUCAGACCGGCCAACAGUGCCAGCGAGGUAGACGCCGCUCCCGUCGCCGCGUUCAGCGAGCCACCUGCGUACAGGCUGUUCCGCAGUUCCACGUUCGAGGGUAUCUCGCAGGAGGAUGAUGACUGCGUGGUGUCGCCGCACAAGUCUAAAUCAGGACGACCGCCGAUCCUAGGCGUGCAGGCCGCAGGCGGACCCAAGUACAGGAACUCGUGCGACCUGACGGGCGUGAACGCGAGCGAGGCACCCUGCAGGAUCCCGGUGAAGUCCGCGGACUCGUACAAGCGGGAGACGACGCAGCUGAGUGACGCGCUGGUGACCAUGAGGAAGCAACCGAGCGCCGAGUUCGCCGCCGCGGACUCGGAUCCGACCAAGAGGAUAUCCAGGCUCGGCUCGUUCAUCCGGGUGGACCCGAGCGCGGAGAACGGCGGCCUGCGUGCACCAGCCUCGGCAAUCGUGCCGCCCUUCAACUACAAUCCGAGGCCGGACAUUCCAUCGCAAACGAUGAGGGCCCGACCGGAAGACGACCAAGAUAAAUUCGGGGCGACGGAUUACCAGGGGGAGAUAGUCACAGGUUCCGCCCGGGUGACGACCGUUUAGGGAGACGCUACCGAAGCGUAUAAGUUCCAUAAUAAUCGCCUCCUCCUCGUUCCAAGCUAGUCAUUGUACAUUCGCUUGCAUCCGAACAUAUAUAUACACGUGUAUGUUCGCCCACAAAAACAUUCGUCUCACAUGUGAUAUGCAUUUACGAGUAGAUAAUUUAAUCAUUUCCCCUUAUGUCUCUCGUUGUACGGUGUCGCGCGUUAACGCGCGCACACGGAUCUUUCGACAUUUUAUCCGGGAUUACGAAAUAGUCAUGCAAUACGGUAAUAUCCAUGGUAUCGUACGCGACGGCCAAUUUCUCUUCUUAGUAACGGCAGAAAAACCGUGCGGAGUACUAGGGAGAUCCCUCGAGACCAUUCCUGUCCAUUUUUGUCUGUUGUACAUAUACACAUAUGAUGGUAUAGAGUAAUUCCAAGAUCGAGAGAAAGAGAGAAAGAAAGAGAGAGAGAGCGCGAGAGAAACCAGUCGAAAAUCCAUAGUGCGUAGCGUAAUGAUUCUGAUCGGUUAUUUAUUCAAUUUUGUAUAUAUACAUGUCGAGAACGUGAGUGAGGAAUGUAGAGAAUUUUAGUAGUACGUGUUUAAAUCCGCGUACGACCGUAUAACGCGCAUCGCCGUUGCGGUGGACGCGCCGCUGUACACCCUCGUGCACAAGCGAGAAAAUCGAAGAAGAACGCGGCGAUCUCUAUUUUGUUUCCGUCGUAAUUUUAAUCGCUAAUUCGUAUACCAUCUCCCAAAUGGAUGCAAAGAAUCUAAUUACUUUUUGAAGACUGAUAAGAGUAAGGCGAUGAGAGGAUCUGGCAUAAACUCGGGCACCUUCGACGUCGAAGCUAAUUCGUAAAACACGAGCUAGUAUCGUUUGUAUCGAGACUGUGAGAACGUAGAGCGGUCUAAGUAGUUCGCUAUAAAACAAAAAAUUGCAUUACACGAUAAACGGACGAGAAUUUUAUAAGCAUUAUCCCCUAAGUUUCUAGUCUCUAUCAGACAAUACAUCAUUCUAUUUUUUCUCACGUACGUAUGCGUUGGAGAUCCCUUUUGUGCUGGUAAGUGGUGUCUACCAAAUUGAUUGCUACCAGAUUGAUCGAUCCCCCUCGUCCUCUGGGUGAUUAAAUGUGCUUUAUGAAAGGGGUGUACAGAUCGAACGAGAUUACUCUAGCAGAUCUGAAAUCAAAACGCUACUUGUUUUAAUUAGUUGUAAUUUAACGUUACUUCGUCUUUUUUUUUAUCAGGACAGUGCGAUGCAAACGCGUAAUCGCGAAAGCUGUUUGUUUAGUUUGCCUCUGGCGUGUCAAUUUUCCUUCGGUGAGAAUCGUUUCGUUGACGAACUCUUAUCGGGAGGAGAUCGCUUGGCACGAGUCCAGAUUUAUUAUGUUCAGUUUAGUCGACAAAUGUUUCAUCGGAAACAAUUUUAUAUACCCCGUUCCAGUUCCAGCGUUAAUUAGAUUUAACCCUGCUAACUUGGAACCAUAUCGGGGUACCCUUGCGUUGUUCCUUAAAAUGUUACAUGCAGUUGAUUGAUCUGUACACCACGCAAUCACUCUCGCGAUUAUUUUUCUACGUCAUCUUCACAGCUCACUCUAGGUUUUAAGAAUGAUUUUUGUUACGUUUCUCGCGUUCUUAAUUCGCCAGAUAUCCUUAUAGUUUGUACAUUAUUAUACUUGCAGUACAAUAAAAUUUAUAGCUAAGAACGUCCCUCCCUUUUUUAAUCGUAAUCUAAAAAUCUCGAAGGAGGUGUGUCAUGGAUUGUCCGCAACCUAUUAUUAUUAUUAUUAUUAACAGAAUAAAUGAUAUAGCA